GAGAAGAAGAGACGUAUGUGACUGAUAUAAAGGCAGAAGAUGUAGAGGGAGAAGAAGAGACGUAUGUGAGGGGUGAUCAGCAGUGUAAGGAGGAGGAGAUCCCUACAGAUAUCAGCACAGCAGAUGGACACACAAGCAGGAAUAUCUCAGAAGGACAUCUAAUGUUAUCCCCAGAUUGUGACAUAAAAGAUAAUGACAGUAGACAGGAUUCUCCAGGAGAUAAUCCCAUUACCCCAAUUAUACAUCCAGCUCUAUCAGCUGAUCCCCCUGAUCCUGGGAAAUGUUCUCCUGAUCACUCUGAUAUUGGUGCAUCUGUUACAGCUCUGAGAGUAAAUACAGAGUUUCCGUGUUCUAUAGAUGCCAAAUAUGUUACACAGAACACAAAGAUUAUUACCCAUCAUCCAGCUAAGGCAGGUGAGAGGCCACUGAUAUGUUCUGAGUGUGGGAAAUGUUUUACAGACAAAUCAGGUCUUAUUACACAUCAGAGAAAUCACACAGGUGUGAAGCCAUUUUCAUGUUCUGAGUGUGGGAAAUGUUUUGCAUAUAAAUCAGGUCUUAUUACACAUCAGAGAAAUCACACAGGUGUGAAGCCAUUUUCAUGUUCUGAGUGUGGGAAAUGUUUUGCAUUCAAAUCAGAUCUUCUUAGACAUCAGAGAAGUCACACAGGUGAGAAGCCAUUUUCUUGCUCUGAGUGCGGGAAAUGUUUUGCCCGGAAAUCACAACUUGUUACACAUCAGCGAAGUCACACAGGUGAGAAUCCAUUUUCAUGUUCUGAGUGUGGGAAAUGUUUUACAUGCAACUCAUAUCUUGUUAUACAUAAGAGAAGUCACACAGGUGAGAGGCCAUUUCCAUGUUCUGAGUGUGAGAAAGGUUUUGCACGGAAAUCACAUCUUCUUACACAUCAGAGAAGUCACACAGGUGAGAAUCCAUUUUCUUGCUCUGAGUGUGGUAAAUGUUUUGUAAGUAAUUCACAUCUUGUUAUACAUCAGAGAGGUCACACAGGUGAGAAGCCAUUUUCUUGCUCUGAGUGUGCGAAAUGUUUUGCACGGAAACCAGAUCUUACUACACAUCAGCGAACUCACACAGGUGAGAAGCCAUUUCCAUGUUCUGAGUGUGGGAAAUGUUUUGCACUCAAAUCAGAUCUUAUUAAACAUGAGAGAAGUCACACAGGUGAGAAGCCAUUUUCUUGCUUUGAGUGUGGGAAAUGUUUUACACAGAAAUCACAACUUGUUAGACAUCAGCGAAGUCACACAGGUGAGAAACCAUUUCUAUGUUCUGAGUGUGGGAAAUGUUUUGCACACAAAUCAGUUCUUAUUAAACAUGAGAGAAGCCACACAAGUGAGAACUCAUUUCCAUGUUCUGAAUGUGGGAAAUGUUUUCCAUACAAAUCAUCUCUUGUUAUACAUGAAAAGUCACACAUGUGACUUCUCUCAUGUCUUGCUCUGAGUGGGGAAAAUGUAUUACACACAAAUCACAUCUUGUUACACAUCAGCGAAGUCACACAGGUGAGAAGCCAUUUCCAUGUUGUUAGUGUGGGAAAUGUUUUACACAGAAAUCACAUCUUGUUACACAUGAGAGAAGUUACACACAUGAGAGGCCAUUUCCAUACUCUGAGAAAUAAAUCAGCUCUUGUUGCACACAAUAGACAUCACUCAGGUGAGAAACCAUUUUAAUCUUCUGGAGUAUACUUAUCACUGCCAUGCGUUCUUCAAGGUUCUUAUCCUAUCUCCUAUGCAUUUUGCAAUAUACAUGCUACCGCAGGGUGAAACAGACUAAAAAGGAAUUUUCAGGCGCAAAUAUGAAUAUAUAAAAAUGACUAUGGGGUAAAUUUACU